AUGGCAGAAAGGCAAGCUGAAUAUAAGAAUGGGGACUUGGACCCGUCAGUCAUUGUUGGUCUGGCUUGCCGAGUCCCAGGAUCCAAGAAUCCCAGUCAACUUUGGGAUGCUAUUGUGGAACAGAGAGAUCUACGGCGCAAAAUCCCGGAAAAUCGAUUCAAUGUGGACAAGUUCUAUCAUCCCGAUGGUACCAACAAAGGAACAACAAAUGCCCGUUACGGCUACUUCCUCGAUCAGGAUCUCGGAGACUUCGAUGCAUCUUUUUUCGGAAUUUCGGGAAGUGAAGCAAAAGCCAUGGAUCCCCAGCAGAGGAUUUUACUCGAGGUGGUCUACGAGGCUCUUGAAGAUGCUGGGAUCACUCUGGAUGAGAUAAACGGUUCCUCGACAUCGGUUCUGUGUGGGUCGUUCACGAACGAUUACAACGCGAUGCUGUCAAAAGACUUCGAGUCGUACCCCAAGUAUACUGUCACUGGAACUGGCAACGCAAUACUAUCCAACAGAAUUUCGUAUUUCUACAAUUUGCAUGGGACAAGCCUUACAGUCGACACGGCUUGCUCGUCAUCCAUGGUUUGUCUACAUUUGGCCAACAAAGCCCUCCUUGAUGGAGAAGCGGAUAUGUCAAUUGUUGUUGGCUCCUCUCUUCAUUUCGAUUCAGAUAUGUUCGUUACAAUGACAGAUCUCGGAAUGCUAUCCACCGAUGGGCGCUGCCGAGCCUUUGAUGCCGCUGGAAGCGGCUAUGUUAGAGGAGAAGGAAUCUGCGCUGUCAUUCUGAAACGCCAGAGCUCUGCGAUUCUCCAUGGCGACUCUAUUCACGCUGUUGUGCGAGGUACUGGUUCCAACCACGAUGGACAGAAACCGGGUAUUACAUUCCCAAAUAGUGUUGCCCAGGAGGCGCUGAUCCGCUCUACCUAUCAAGCGGCUGGUCUUGACCCAGCUGAUACACAAUAUUUUGAGGCCCAUGGAACCGGAACUCAAGCUGGCGACCCAAAUGAAACGAGAGCAGUGGGCGCGGUAUUUUCAGAUCGCCAGGAGCCUUUGUUUAUUGGCUCAUUGAAGAGCAAUAUUGGUCACCUCGAAGGUGCCUCCGGCGUGGCAAGUGUCAUCAAGACAACCUUGGCAUUGCAAAAGGGGAAAAUUCCCCCAAACAUGCAUUUCAACACCUUGAACCCCAAAAUAGACCUACAGGGAUGGAAACUAGCAGUACCAACAGAGCUGGUCGAUUGGCCUCGUCCUGAAAAUGGCCUCAGACGCGCAAGCAUUAAUUCAUUCGGGUACGGGGGAACGAAUGCCCACGUCGUGCUUGAAGAAUACCUCCCAGCAAAAGCGAUAACGCCAAUGAAUAUCCCCGAGGUAAUUGCUAAUGGGGUUCAUGAUAGGCCUUAUUUGCUGCCGUUGACGUCUCAUUCUACGAAGGCCGGAGAGCUUUGGGAAAAGCUUCUCCGAAGCUACCUCAUAAACGAAUCGCCCCAGCUACCUGAUGUGGCGUUUACUUUAUCUCAUCGGCGUACGAUGCAUCGCUAUCGCUCGUUUAUCGUUUCCGGCAGCUUGCAGGCCGCCCUCGAAAAUACUGAGCGGCCUCGUCCGUACGCGCCGUGGUCACAGGCGAACAGUGAUCCACCAAGACUGGGAUUCGUUUUCACGGGCCAAGGUGCACAAUGGCAUGCGAUGGGACGACAGUUGAUUCAAGAAUGUCCAUUGUUCAGGCAGACUUUAGAACGAUGUGACUCCAUCUUGCAAUCCCUACCCGAUGCACCGUCGUGGUAUAUCCUUGAGGAGCUUUGCCAAUCCGAAAAUGCCUCGAACCUUGGCCAGACUCUGUACUCCCAGACUAUCUGCACAGCAUUGCAGAUUGCACUUGUGGACCUCAUGAAGUGCUGGGCAGUAGUGCCCUCUGGUGUAGUUGGACACUCCUCCGGUGAAAUUGGAGCUGCUUACGCAGCUGGAAUCCUGUCUUUUGAGAAUGCUAUGGUUGCGGCCUACUACCGGGGACUUUAUAUGUCAUCCUGUGGAAAUAGCGACAAAGUUCCCGGCGCCAUGAUGGCAGUGGGAAUGAACAAGUCUGAUACUCUGAACGCGUUGGAGCCGUUCGUCGGUCGCAUAGUGAUUGCCGCCAUCAACAGUGCCAAUACAAUCACUGUAUCCGGAGAUGAAGAUGCCAUCAUUGAAUUAAAGAAUGACCUCGAUCGUCAGAAAAUCUUUGCCAGACAGCUUCAAGUCAAGCAAGCGUUCCACUCUCACCAUAUGGUUCCACUAGCCCCGGCCUAUCGAUCAGCGUUGCAGUCUUACAAGGAAUUCGAUUCCCAGUCGGCAACAUGUCAAAUGUUUUCCACUGUGACAGCUCGAGUAGCUGAUCCAGAGGCGAUGGGUGCAAAUUACUGGGCAGCUAACAUGACGAAUGUUGUCAGGUUCUCAGAUGGGCUUGCCGGUACUUUACUGGAUGAGUUUGAUGAGAAGAAUGUGGAUAUACUGGUGGAGGUCGGACCUCAUCCAGCACUCAAGGGACCAUGCAAACAAAUCAUGCAGUCUCUCAAGCUAGACCUACCAUAUGUCGCCACUCUGACACGAGGCACUUCCGAUUUCGAGUCUAUGUUGACGAUGGCCGGACAACUCUUCUCACUAGGAUAUCCCAUUGAUCUCGCAGCGGUCAACCAGAAUUCAAGCUUGGGUCCCUCAGGAGAGCUCAUCCAAACGGGACCAGGGAAGAAGCUCAAGGAUUUCCCGUCAUAUGCGUGGGAUCAUAAACGAUACUGGUCCGACACCCGUGUCAUUCGAGAACAUCGACUCCGUCGGUUUCGACACUCAAUUCUUGGCCACAUCUUGCCGGGAUCAGUUGCCAGCCAACCUACCUGGCGUAAUAUUCUCCGUAUUUCCGAGAUCCCUUGGCUGGCAGAGCAUAUUGUUGAUGGAAAGACUGUUUUCCCUGCAGCGGGAUAUAUCAGCAUGGCUAUCGAAGCGGCGAUCCGUCAGCGUUCGCUUGAGCUGAACGAAGCCACAAUAACCCUUCAAGGGGUUUCUAUCAAAGCGCCGCUGAUUAUUGAGGAUGGUGAGGACGGUGUUGAAGUACUCCUCAACCUUUGCCCCACUACUACCUCCGCAAAAGAAAGGUCUGAGUCUUUGUUGGAGUUUUGUGUUUCUUCAUACAAUAAUUCCGGAGUCUGUAUCGAGCAUUGUCGCGGUGUAAUUUUCAUUGGGGCUAAGUUGCAAACAAACUCACAGAUUUCUGAGACCAAGGCAUACGUGAAUGGUCUUUUGAAACGCACGAACUAUUCAGUGCCAGCGCAAACUUUCUACCGACAUUUGAGUCAAAUUGGUCUUGAUUAUGGAGAUAGAUUCAAAUUAUUGACAGGAAAUAUUGACCGUGGAAAUGGAUUUGCAGUGUCGAGUCUCGUGUUUAAUCCGCAAUCGCUGCCCUGCGAGGAGGCCGAUGUCACCGUCGUGCACCCGACGCUACUCGACUCAUCGUUCCAUUUGAUCUUCAGUGCUAUUGAGUCAUGCCUGGACAGAACACUCGAUGAGCCCUAUGUACCUUCGUUCAUUCGAUCUAUGGUAUUUGCUGGUUUUUCGGCUGCGGCAAGGUCCAUGGACACACGACGAUACCAAAUAUGCUCCGCCACAAAGAUGCUCUCGCCACGAGUCGCGAUCAGCGAUAUUCUCCUUCAAGAUGAGACAGGGAGUAUGACAAUGCAAAUUGAUGGUCUCGAAGUGAAAUCACUUGGAGGUGAUCAGUCAGACUCUCAAAUGAGCCGCAGCCUCUUCUUUCGCCAGCAGUGGUUGCCUUGCUUCGAUUUGCUUUCCUAUGACCCUCAACUCGAGAGCAGAUCUCUUGCGGAGAUUGUAGAGAUUUUUGCCCACCAGUACCCCAAUAGUCGACUUCUCCAUAUCGUGUCCAGUAUCGAUGAAUCGAGACAACUGGUACAUACACUUGGCCUGAAGUCAGGUCAACGGCGCAAGGUGCAAAGCAUUGAUGUUUGUAUACCUGAGGGCUCGGGCAGCGUCAUGGCUGAUCAUGAACUGAUCAGCCAGUCUGGCGGCCUUCUGAAUAUCCUGGAACCAGAUGGCGUGUACGACCUGCUGAUUGUGAGCCGGGAUACGGUCAAUAUUAACCUGGACACAAUCCUCAAACCCAAUGGUUCUAUAAUUCAAGAUCACAGUAAAGUCAGAACAGCAAUCAGAGACGACUACCAGGUUCUGUUUUCCAGCCAUGGGAUGACGGCAUAUCGGCGGCAUGAAGACAUUUCCCCAGCAAAGGCAGAGGAGGUUUCAGUGGUAAUACCUGAUUUACUUUCGGGACGAGUACAAGAUAUUGUCAAUUCUUUGAGGUCUGUAAUCGCAGACAUCAAUCUGGUAUCUCUGAAAGAAGUCGUUGAGCUUGACCAAUUAAAUCAGCACGGAGUACUGCUAGUUCUCGCGUCCCUGGGCGGACCGCCUCAGGAUGAAGGUUCAUUCAGGGCUUUUCAGAAGAUCCUAACUUCCAUCAAAAGAAAAGUUAUUUGGGCACUAGAGGGCGCGACAACAAAUUUGAGCUUGAAGGAGAACGGAGACGCUAGAAUCAUAGAAACUAACUAUAUAUACACAGUGGACUCCCCUCAUCCCGAUCAAGCAAUGUUUCUCGGCCUUAUCAGGACUGCCAGGAGCGAGAAUGAUCAGCUACAGAUCACCACCGUGGACUACAGUGCGAAGACUACUCCAAUUGCGUUUGCCAAUGGCCUUGUGAAAUUUUUGAAUUUGGCGCAACUCGAUGAAGAUGAGCUAACUGAGCGUGAUGGGUGCAUCUAUCUACCAAAGAUCGUGGCAGAUGAUGAAUGCAAUCGCAAACUACGAAAUGGCCCAAAUCAAGAGCCCAGCCCAGAGAUGUUUGGUAGUAGCGGGCCAUUAACCUUGAAAAUUGGCAAAAUUGGCCUUCUUGAUACAUUCCACUUUGAACGGGACGAAGACUUCUUCGACGAGGUUAUUCAGGAUGAUGAAAUCGAAAUCCAAGUGAAGGCCUCACCGAUAAGUGCGCGGGAUGUUGCUGUCGUGACGGGCACCAUUGACAGCCAUAAACUUGGAGAUGAAUGUGCUGGAAUCGUUACUCGGAUUGGCAAUGCUGUUGAGAACUUCAGUCCUGGCGAUCGUGUGAUUGCCUGGCGACCCGGUCAGGGGGCACAUAGGACAUUAGUUCGCAACCCGGCAGCUCUCUCCUACAAGUUGACAGAGAGCAUGCCUUUCUCAGAUGCCGCUGCAGUACCUAUAGCAGUGACAACCUCAUGGUAUGCGCUUUCAUACGUCGCAAGAGUCCAGGCCGGGGAAACUGUUUUGAUCCACUGCGCCGCGAGCAGCGUAGGCCAAAUCGCUGUUCAAAUUGCAGUUCGGGCUGGCGCGCGGAUCUUGGUCACAGUGGGGACACCAGAGAAACGAUCGUACAUGAAGCGGCAGUAUGGUCUUCAAGAUGAUCAAAUUUUUGACUCUCGCGAAAAAACAUUCGUGAAAGGUGUCUUGCGGGCUACUCAGGGCAAUGGUGUUGAUGUUGUCUUGAAUUGCUUGUCCGGUCCGCUUUUCCAGGCAUCUUGUGCUUGUGUAAAAGCCUUCGGUCGGUUGAUUGAGCUUGGCAAACGAGAUAUUCAAGAUGGUACCUUGAUGAGCAUGGAAUUUCUAAGAAAGAACAUCUCGAUUGCUUCCGUGGACCUGGUCAACAUGUUCGAAAGCAACAAACCCCUUGCGGAGCGGGUCUUCCAGGAGGCUUGUGAGCUGGUGCAUAAAAACGAGAUCCAGCCUCUUUCCGACAUUACCACAUUCUCCUAUGCGGAUCUUUCAAAAGGCUUUCACCUCGCUAAGAAGGGAGAGCAUUUCCACAAAAUCGUCCUAGUUCCAGGAAAUGAUGAUAUCGUUCCAAUUGCACCUCCUAGAUUCCUGGGCACCAAGCUAUUCCAAGCCCAGAAGACCUAUCUUCUUGUUGGGGGACUUGGGGGCGUUGGCCGUACCUUGAGCCAGUGGAUGAUUCGUAAAGGCGCGAGAAGCCUCGCAUUCUUCUCUCGGUCUGGCGAUGAUCAAACUGAAGCGAAAGCCACGGUCGCAUGGCUGCAAGAACGAGACAUAUCCGUCACCGUGUAUCGUGGAGACGUGACAAAUAUUCAAGAUGUUCAAAAUUGUGUCAAAAAGAUAGGCAUUUCUCUUGGAGGGGUUAUCCAUGCUGCCAUGGUCAUCCAAGACGCCACGUUGGACACAAUGACCUUCACGCAAUGGCAGCGUUGUAUUCGGCCGAAGGUGGACGGUGCGCAAAAUUUACACCUGGCUACACUUAGUUUGCACUUGGAUUUCUUUGUUUGCUUUUCAUCUGUGACUUCGAUUAUUGGCUCCAAGGGACUGGCAAACUAUAGUGCUGCAAAUGCCUUCUUAGAUGCCCUGAUUGCCCACCGGCGUGCCAGGGGUCUCUGCGGUUCGACACUCAAUGUUGGUGCCGUGUCAAAUGUUGGGGUUAUCGCCGAGAGUGAAAAUCUCCAGAAAGUUAUGGAACGCCUUCAAAUGGAUUUCAUCAGCGAGGAGGAGCUUCUGUACCAGUUGCAGGAGGCAAUCAAGCCUGAUAUCAUGAGUGACAGUGCCCCGGUUGGCAUUGACAAACAUCAAACGAUAACUGGAAUCAAUCUUCAAAGCGCUGAUGUCUACUGGGCUCAGAAACCUCUCUUCCGGAAUUUAUAUGCAAACCAUGACUUUGAGGACAGGGCCGAUAGUAGAAACGACAAAUCCAUCGCCGCGAUUUUGGCGGUAGAGCCGGAUUCCGAGGCUAGAGAACGCAUACUUGUUGAUACAUUCAUUGAUAAAGUCUCCAAGGUACUCGAAAUUCCUCGUGAAAUUAUCUUACCCAACAACAGCCUUUCCUCCUAUGGUCUGGAUUCCUUAGUUGCAGCCGACUUUCGGUCAUGGUUCCGAAAGGAGCUUCAAGUUGACAUCGCACUAUUCGAUAUUUUGAGCGCACAGUCAAUCCAAGCUCUCAUCAAAAAGGCCUUGAAUCUCAUAACCGCAGCUAUAUCAGCUGUUUCGGGUCCCGCCGAUGCCCCUUCGAAAGCAUUGCCUGAUAAUGAUCAGACCAAAGCUGUCGACGGUUCAUUGCCGCCCAUGCACAUAAGUGAGAUUAAGAAAAGUCCUCCGGACCAAGGAGACAUUCCUCUCUCUACAUACCAGUCUCGACUGUGGUUUUUGCAUAGUAUGGCGGAAGACAAGUCGGCUUUGGUAUUGCCAAUCGUGAUGUUCAUUCGCGGUAAGCCUCAUCGAGAGAACCUCCGGCGAGCCAUCUUAGAGCUAUGCAUGCGGAAUUCAGCUCUACGUACGGCAUAUUUUGAGGGAACAGACUUUACCCAGCAAAAGCCUGUUGAUGACUUCGAUGUCAAUCUGUCAAUGAGGGACUUUUCCCGACUCCCUAGCCCCGACGAAGCAUUGGAGCGGUACGUCGCGCAAAGCAAGCUGAAUGAGGUUGAUAUUUCUGAUGGAGAAGUAACAACCUGGUGUCUUGCAAAGCUAGGUGAUGAGAGAUACGCACUUGUUAGCAUGAUGCAUCAUAUUGCUGUCGACCGAGGCUGCUAUAAAAUCAUGAUGAACCAGGUUGUUCAACUAUACGACGCAUUUCAAAUGGAUCGCGAUCUAUCGACUGUGCCAAGUCCAAAGCUGGACUAUAUUGACUUCACUCUAUGGCAUAAUGAAUAUCUGCGUUCGCCAGGAGUGCAAGCUCAUAAAGAUUGGUGGAAGUCUAGUCUCGCUGGAAUUCCAACAUCUAGUCGCCUACUGCCGUUUUCCGCGGUGCCUGAGCGUCCUUCUCAUGGAGAUCCAAGACGCGCCACUGUGAAGGCAAAUCUGGUCACAAGGCUAUUCUCUCGCAUGAAAAGACUCUCCACGGAAAUAAAGGGUACCCCUUAUCACUUUCUUUUGGCUGCCUUCCGCGCCUUCCAUUACAGAUACACUCAAGAUCCGGAUCUUGUGAUGCUAGUUGUGGAUGGUAAUCGGCCACACCCUGACGCCGAUGAUAUUACUGGAUUCUUCGUAAACAUGUGCCCAGUCAGAUGCCAGGAUGAGUGUGACACCACAUUUGAUCAGUUACUUGUCGCGACCAAAGACCGAGCUCUUGAGGCUAUGUCCCACAGUUUCAUUCCAUUCGAUGAGAUUGUGAACUUGAUGCAAGUCGACAAGACUCCAAGUCACUCUCCAAUUUCCCAGGUUAUUGUUAACUAUCAAAUCCACGGCCCAGCUCCUCGAUUUGAAGCAGCAGACUUCGCCAUUGAAGGCGCAUCCAUGACAGAUAUCCCAACAGCUUGUGAACUGAGCCUAGAAGCCCUUGAGACUGCUACGCACAGUCUCGACCUUAGAAUUGAGUACUCGACGGCUUUGUACGGUUCAGAAGAUAUGCAGCGGUUCGUCGACAACUUUUUGACAUUUCUGGAGAGUGUCAUCAAAGAUCAUCGGCAACCCGUUGAAGAAGUAGACUUAUGCGGAAGACUUGAGUUUGAGCGACUGCAGCGAAACUUUUGGAACACUGAAUUCCAAGACUCCUUGUGGAGCAAUCAAACUGUCAUCGACAGAAUUCUCGAUGUUUCUCGCAACCAGCCAGAAGCGACAGCUCUCAUAGUUUCUGACGGGACAAAUAUCACAUACGGAGAAUUAAGUCGAAAUGCCACCUUGGUUGCGUCCGCUUUACGAGAAGCUGGUGUUGAGAGCGGCGAUCGCAUUGCACUAGCCUGUCGCCCUUGCAUUGGGGCUGUGGAGGGCAUGCUCGGUAUUCUUCUUGCACGCGCUUGCUACGUCACUUUGGAUCCAGAUUUUGCAAAAGAGCGAUUAGCAUUCAUGUUUCAGGAUGCUGGUUGCAGAGCCAUUCUUGUGGGCUCGGGCGGCGAGUUUGUGGCGGAGGAGAUUACCAAGUUGGGUGUCUCGACCAAAGUCAUCAGGGUAGAUGAAUGCAUCAAGUCGCCCUGUCUUCUUUCAAAUCUCGAACCAAGGCAACUAUCGGAUCCGUUCUAUAUGAUUUACACGUCGGGCAGCACCGGAAUGCCGAAAGGCGUGAUCUUGAGCGAAUCAAACACUCACCAGAUGUUGAGCACCCUACACAGAGACUUCGGGUUUUCACGAGCAGACAGUUUCCUCCAGCAAUCCUCCAUGGCCUUUGAUCUUUCUAUUGUCCAGAUUUUCUCUGCCCUUUGCUCCGGUGCCAGGGUUUGCAUCGCAUCUUCCGAGACUCGCAAUGAUCCAUACGCCUUGGCGGGCUUUAUGAAGCAACAAGGAGUGACCGUAACAUAUUUUACUCCUACCCAAUAUUCCUUGCUUCUCGAAAGCAAUCGGGAGGCGCUCAAGCAGUGCCGCGACUACAGAGUUGCCUUCUUCGCCGGAGAAAGACUACCGAUACGUGUUGUCAAGGCCUUUUAUGACCUGGCUACACCUGCAGUUCUCUAUAACACCUGGUCCCCAAGUGAACUUGUUGUGCAAACUACCAUCGCGCGUAUUGACGAACCUGACGAAGCCUCUCUUAACCUCCCAAUUGGAAAACCGCUAAGCAACUGUCGGCAUUAUAUUCUUGACAAUGACGAUCACCCUCUUCCGCUUGGAUUCGUUGGUGAAAUAGCGGUUGGUGGAGCGCAAGUUGGGCAAGGCUAUCUGAAUAGACCGGCCGCAAACAGGAAAUCAUUUGUUGAAGAUCCAUUCUGCUCCCAAGAUGAUCGCCGCCGUGGCUGGGCAAGGAUGUUCAAGACAGGAGAUCGUGGAAAAUUUCGCCCAGACGGGCAACUCGAGUUUCAUGGUCGCAUUGCAGGAGACAAGCAGAUCAAAUUACGUGGUUUCCGAGUAGACCUUGGUGAGAUAGAGCACUGCAUUUUCCGAAACUCGCAAAGCAUCGGUAAGGGUCUCGUCGAUAUUGCCGUCAUUUCUAGACCGCGUGAAGACGAUGAGCAAAAUGUCCAGCUCAUUGCGUUCUUCGUUCCAUCUCAGAUCUACGACAAGCAGGAGCGUCACGUAUUUGUUACAGAAUUGCAUGCAUUGAUAUCUUCGCAACUCAAUUAUUACAUGCUACCAAGUGGGUAUCACUUCCUUGAGAGGCUUCCGGUCACAAUAGGAGGUAAGGUCGAUCGACGGGCACUUCUCAGCAUCGAUCUAGAUCCUGUCUUGCCAUUUUCCGAUCCGAGUAACACCGACGAAAACCUGAAUGACGUCGAGAAAUCUGCUAUCAAAAUCUUUCAAAAGGUCUUAGGAUCAAAUGUUGGCUACACUCGGCUUAAAGACAACUUUUUCCAUAAGGGUGGAAAUAGCGUCCUUCUCGUGCGACUACAAGCAGAACUUCGUCAAUGUUUUGAGAAAGUCCCUACUCUCACUCAACUGUUCCAGGAGCCAACAGUCGCAGCAAUUAGCACAUUUUUGCAGUCAGGUCGGGCUACUAAUGGCUCUAUUGUUGCCAAUGCCGACGAUGCCAUUAUUGAUUGGGCCGCCGAGAGCAAAGUUGCUCGUGACAGUCGAUUCCCACUCCAACAUGGAAGCUUGACUGUCCCCAGACAUGAGGUUACAGCUGUUCUCAUUGCGGGAACGAUGUCACGCAUAAAUGCCCACUUGAUAGCUGAGAUUCUACAUACCAAGCCAACAGUUCGCCUGUAUGUUGUGGGGCUUUUCAAUGUUCUCACAGCUGCCUCAGUGACCGAAGAACUUGGUAAAUAUGGACUAUUGAAACCCAAGGGUCUGACUGAGAGUAGUGUUAUUGGUCGAAUUACUCCAGUCAGAGGAACUCUAGUCCAGGGCAGCUUGGGACUGAGCAAAUCCGCAUUCCGUGAGCUUGGUCAGACUGUACAGUCUAUUUACUACCUAGGCGGAGAAAUCUCCCUUCUUCAGACGUAUUCGCAUUUGAAAGCAUCCCAUGUCAAUGCCCUACUCGACCUCAUACGCCUCGCUGGAACAGGUGACUUUGUCUCGGAGUUGCAUUACCUCUCAACAUGGAGCGUAGCCCACCUCCAAACAUGGCCGACAGCACAGCGGACCUUUGACCAAAUUGUCACCACUGAAGGCGAUAUGACCCACUUUCUACCUCCGCCAGGAAAUGAGCUGGGAUAUUUUAAAGCCCGAUGGGUAGCUGAGAGCUUACUGGUAAAAGCUGCUGAGCGUGGAUAUCCAGUGACUUUGACCCGUGCGUCUUCUAUUUCUGCCUUGUCGCAUUCUGCGGUUAGCUCGGGGAGCACAGUGAACCCAGGUCUCGAGGACUUCACUGUUCAAAUGGUUCGUGGCAUGGUCGAUACUGGCAGUGUACCACGCAUUGGAAUUGAGAAUGGACCAUCGUUUGUGGUCGAUAUCAUUCCUGUGGAGUACUUCGCUGCAGCCUUUGUUGCGUUAACCACACAUACUGCCGUCGAGAGUGAUGGGAACGGCCUCACAGUAUACCACCUGGGCAAUCCACAGCCACUUCACAUAAAUGACCUGCCGGAGGUCAUUAGCCAGAUGCGACCAAAUUCUAAGCAGUCUGUCUCUCAUGUUUCUCUAGAGGAAUGGCUGGAAAAAAUGGAGACUGCUCCCGGAGUUGAAGACUUGGAUGCUGCAACCGUUCGAUCUACCGUAUUGAAACGGUACUUCUUAGCCAAUGGGCACGUCAUGUUUCCACUGGACCAAACAGAGACCAAGAGGGUACUUGACAGCAUCGCUCCCCAUUUGCAGGGAAUGUGUCCAAGUGUGGACGCUGACUUUUUGGAUGCACUGUAA